AAAAAAAACCCGACUCGACCUACAGAUAUAUUUCGUGUGCUUGAUAUACCACAAAAUGAUUAUAGUAUACCUACCAAUAAAUCCACUAAUAGGUAUACCCCAUAUGCCAGUCGUCGUUAUAAAGGAAAAACAUAUAUAUAUGUGGAAAACCAAGAGAGUGACAAAUAUAUUAUGGAAUCCGACACGACCGAUGUUACCACCUCGUCGUCCGAAAGUGAAUAUGAAGAGAUGGAUAUUAACGAUAUAUAUGGGUAUAAAUCGCCUAAAUAUAAAACUUUAAUUGAAGUAAUACUAAAACCAACAAAACAACCAAGUGGUGAAACAAAUAUAGAUAAUAUAUUGGAUACUACCUAUAUACCUAGUGAUAUAUCAAGUGGUGACACACCAAAUAGUGUUACUAUACCACGUAUACCUAGUGAUAUACCCAACCAUAAAUUUACUGAGGAAGAAUGGAAUCAAUUAAAACAGGAUUUUAUUUUGAACAUGUUACAAACAGAACAAUACGAUGUAGUUGAAAAUAGUGGAAAUACUUUUAUGGACUCACAACCUAAUAUUUUAGACACUAAUCAUUAUGAAAAACCUUUUAUCACUCAAAUCCAAGAUCGAAAAUUACAUAGUGAUGAUAACGAAAUUAUAUAUAAUAUUGAUUGGAAUAUUCCCGAAAAUAUUUAUAGGACUACUAAUAUCAUGGAUGAUCCAAAAUACAAUAGUUUAUAUAGUGGUAUUGAUCUAAUUAACGAUUCAUUAAAUAAUGAUCAACAUAUUGAUAUAUAUGAUGAGUUGUUAAAAAGAAAAGAAAACGAAUUAUAUGGAACAAAACAUCCAAAAAAUAGUACUUUUAAUCCUGUCGCUACACAAACAUAUACUGAUCCGAUAAUGAACCAACUAAAUCUAUUUCAUGAAUGGUUAGAUAGACAUAGAUAUAUGUGCGAAAAAUGGAAUAAUAAAGAGGAAAUGUUAAGUAAAUUGUAUGAUGAAUGGAAUAAAGAAAAUAACAUUCAUUGGUCAAAGGAUAUUUAUGAUGAAAAUAAGCACAAAGUGCUUCUAAUUCACGAGGAAUAUAAUUUAAAUAAUACAAAAACUAAUGAAUAUAAUAAUAAUAAUAAUAUCGCUUGA